UCCUCUUCAUUCUACCAUUGAUACCUCUCGAGUGAUUCUCACAAACAACUUAUUUGAAUGCUCUUCACAUGCUCUUCACACAUACCACAUACGACAAAUCUUUUCACUCUAUACAGCCAGAGUUAAUUUAAAUCACAGAGGCUUUAAAUUGAAUUGCUUCAUCUCGAUAUUCAACGUUGUCCCUCCAUAUCCACUCGCAUCCUAAUCAUGGCACCACAAGAUCCGCCCCUCGAUGAGAUACAAUGGAGGGAUCCACAAUGGCUCGCGCAGAAUUCUGGGCUUCAUGAAAAUACCGUUCUGCACUACUUUGCGCAAUCCCCAUUUUUCGAUCGUGUCUCAAAAAAUGCUAUGCUUACUACACAAGCUCAAAUGAAUCCAAACUUGAUGUACCUACUUGGAACCCGUGCCGCAUUCGAAGGGCGACUCAAAUCUAUGUCUGGACUGGAAUUUAUAGUUGCGCAAGAACCUGCAGAGAAGACACCAGGUAGUGGUACCGGAGUAUGGGUGAUUAGGAAACAAAUAAGAAGAAAAAGAACUCUUGAGGAUGAUGAAAUUACAGUCCACGCAUCGUAUUUUGUCGUGGGGGAGAAUAUUUAUAUGGCUCCUACUGCCGCAGAUGUGCUAGGUAGUAGAAUGGUAUUUAUAAUUCUUAACCUAAUAUUAAAUUUCUCUAAUCGCAAUACAGUUAUCGGCCUUCAACUCACUCACAAAUGCUAUUUCAAAAGUAUCCGAACUACCUAAUUUCUCUCCCUCUCUGGGUCAUACAUAUAUGCCACCAGGUCCUCCACGAACAAAAGCCAUUACAUCCGCUUUCUCUCAAACUUCUAAAGAAAAUACGCCAAUGCCUGAUUCUCUCGCGACUGAAGCCAAAAAUCCUUCUGCUAAUUUCUCCAACAAUGUUCUCGCCAAUCAUCUUUUAGAAGAAACCCUCAAUAUCACCCUCAAAUAUGGUGACGAAUAUAUGGACGAAAAUCCUAUCACCGGAACUCCAGGUGAUUUCCAUUUCAGUACAACAGGUCGAAAGGAAAAAGAAAAGCUCAUGGUACCACCAACAUCAAAAGCAGCAGGUUUUGGUUUAAGUGGUAAACCUUCACUUCCUACACCAUUGAAAACAGAUCUGGGAAUGCAAAAGAAAGGAAGUAAGGGGGAGAAGAGUCCCAGAACCCCUGGUUCAGGUAAACCAAAAAGAAGGAAGAGUAAGGUGAUGAAUGGUGGGGUGAGUCCUACAUAGGAUGAACAUAGGUUUCAAAUACAAACCUGGUGUACAGUACAUCACUUACAUUCGAUAUUUUCGGCGUUGCGGAGGAUAUACCAAUACCGGACAAAAGUUACUAGAACCGGUGAAACUCAUAUAAUCACAAUACAAUA